AUGGAUGCUUUCAACACAUCUAUGUCGCUACCUUUUUCCUAUACUUUCACUAUCACAGGCAGUAGCUGUACUACUAGCACCAACAGUAUCGGCAAUCCUUGGAUGGACAGUAGGAUAUGGAGCAAACUACCACAAAGGCUGCUUGAUAGGGUGAUCGCAUUUCUUCCACCACCAGCCUUUUUUCGAGCUCGUUCUGUAUGCAAGAGAUGGUAUGGGCUCUUGUUUUCCAGCAGUUUCCUGGAAUUGUAUAUGCAAAUAUCACCACGCCACCAUUGGUUUCUGUUCUUCAAGCACAAGACACUGAAGAGCUACAUCUAUAGGAACAACACCGGCAGUGGUGGCAACGGAGACAACAGGACCAACUGUGAAGGAUACCUCUUUGACCCUUACGACAUUGCAUGGUACCGCAUCUCCUUCAACUUGGUUCCUUCCGGGUUCUCUCCUGCUUCUUCCUCUGGUGGGUUGGUUUGCUGGGUCUCUGAUGAGGCUGGCACAAAGACUCUUAUUCUAUGCAAUCCCCUGGUUGGCACUUUAAGCCAAUUGCCACCCACGCUGAGGCCCCGUCUCUUUCCUUCUAUAGGGUUAACAGUUAGCCCCACAUCUAUAGACGUCGCAGCUGCUGGUGAUGACUUGAUUUCUCCUUAUGCAGUCAAGAAUCUAUCCACAGAAAGCUUUCAUAUUGAUGCAGGUGGGUUUUACUCAAUAUGGGGCACCACUUCUUCCCUGCCGCGGCUUUGUAGCCUCGAAUCAGGUCGAAUGGUUUAUGUUGAAGGCAAGUUCUAUUGCAUGAAUUAUAGCCCAUUCAGUGUCCUGGCUUACGAUAUUCCAGCAAAUAACUGGUUCAAGAUUCAAGCUCCCAUGCGAAGAUUCCUUCGAUCACCAAGCUUGGUGGAGAGUUGGGGAAAGCUGAUCCUAGUCGCAGCUGUGGAGAAAAGCAAGCUUAACGUACCAAAAAGUCUGCGACUUUGGGGCUUGCAAGCUUGCGGUACAACAUGGGUAGAAAUUGAAAGAAUGCCUCUGCAACUAUAUAUGCAAUUUGCAGAAGUCGAAGGCGGUAAUGGUUUUAACUGUGUUGGGCAUGGGGAAUUUAUCGUGAUCAUGAUUCGAGGAUCAGACAAGGCACUGCUGUUUGACAUCUGUAGGAAGAGGUGGCAGUGGAUUCCUCCGUGCCCUUACCAUCGCGGUGGCUGUGACAACAACGGAGAGGGUUGCGAAUUGCAUGGUUUGGCUUAUGAACCUAGACUUGCUACGCCGGUUAUCAGCCUUCUCGACCAAUUGACACUUCCCUUUCCCUCUUUUAAUGGAUGA